GUUACAUGUUCAACACUUCCCCUCCCCCUAACACGAAACACGUUUAUCCUUCUGAUUUUUUUAUUCCGUCGCCUUUUACUUCAUAAUUGACUAGAAUAAUAUUACGAAACAUGACUUCCGAGACUACAGCACUGCUCGCAAGCAAUACACAACAGCAGAGGAAGACGAGGGAUUGGUGGGAGUGUUCAACAGUGUUCCUAGUUUUUCUGAUCAACUUUCUGCUUCAAGGUAGUCUAUUUAUUGUGUUGGCACCUCGCAUGCAGAUCUAUGAGUCUAUAUUAUGUCAAUACCAUGCGCCAGGGAAUAUUGGAGAAGUAGUACCAAUGAAUGGGGAUCGAUGCAAAGAUCUAGAUGUCCAGGCCGAGCUGGCUUUCAUACUUGGCAUGGAGGAGUUUUUGACGGUAUUUCUAAGUGUUCUCACCAUCCCGUACAGCCUUCUGGCUGAUCAAUACGGAUGGUCCUCUAUUCUAUCACUAUCACUCUGUGGUAUCGUAUUGGAGAUGAUAUGGCCUUUUUUUAUUUGCCUCUUCGCAGGCCGUGUAUCGCUUUAUUGGGUGUUGUUUGCGGUUGCAUUCGAGGCCAUAGGUGGAGGAAUCAUGGUUUCAGUCACGAUGCUUCAACUGAUUUUGUCUUUGCUUGUAUCACAGGAAUCAAGAACGCGUGUUUUCCUCUAUUUGGUUGGAAGUUCAUUCAUUGCGACAGCCAUUGGACAGGCUGUCUCUACUCUACUCAUGAACACUAAUGUAUGGCUUCCAGCCUGCUUAGGAUGUGGUUUAACCCUUUUGGCCUUGGCUUUAUCUCUUCUUUUAGACCGAACAAUGGUCAGGCGCGCCGCUGAUUACUCGACAAAUGUAAACUAUCGGGAACCACGCCUGUCUCCUAGUCUAAACAGUCGCCCAGCUAGAGAAUUGUGUCUCGUACCGCUCAGAACGCUUCAACAGAACCCUCAGGCCGUAGCUAUUCUCAUUGCUACCUUCACAUUUCCUCUUGGCGAGAAUUCAAUGGUGAAUAUUAUCUUGCUUUACAUUUCGAAACGCUACGGAUUGAGUAUCGCAGAGGCCAAUUUUCUGGUGGCGUUCAGUUCUAUUGCCAAGCUUUUCACAUAUCUAGUGGGAAUCCCCAGCCUGGGUUACGUACUAAAAAAAUAUAGGGGCGUAACUUCAUUUGGUCGAGACAGAAUUAUCGUCCAAGUUGAAGGUAUUCUCCUACUAAUUGGGGCAUUAUGUAUUUCCUUGGCACCCACAGUCACCCUGACAUUUUUUGGUAUAAUUGUCUCUUCUUCUGGCAUGGCCAUCAUCACCAUCUUGCGGUCUCUGGUCACAGAUCUUGUACAACCACAGGACAUUACUAUAGUCUACUGUCUGAUGAGCAUGGUGAUGCGGAUAGGCUCGGGUAUCGCAGGGCCAAUAUUCGCAUGGGGAUUUGGUUUUGGUAUGAGAUUAGGUCAAAAGUGGACCAAUUUACCGUUUCUCCUUGCAGCUAUAGUUUUCAUGGCAGGUACAAUAGUACUGUCAUCUAUUCCUAAGACUCCACGGCUCAGAACCGACGAGGAACCCGGACCACAGGGGACCAACGGUGAAUAAUCUUCAGCAAGAGGCGAGUGAAUAGAUAUAUAUAUAUAGAUAUACUUCAUUAAUACCAAUCAGAACUUGAUAGAAG